UGUGCUGCUCUCUCUCUGUUAGCUCCCUCCUUCUCUCUCCUGCAACACCACCACAACCUGCUGAUUCCCUCCUUCCUUUCACUCCUCUCCUCCUGUCAUCACCUGUUCUCCUCCACUCUCUCCUCAUAAUUUUAUUUCCCAUCAUAUCACGUGCUCACCCCCCGGUUUUAUUCCCGGUCCAUUCUUUUUUCUUCUCCAGCCUGCCAUUCCUCUCAGUCUGUGUGUUUUUCUCCCUCAUACUGUCAUUUUGUCUUUGACAUUCAUUCAUCUCCACCACUUUCUCACCCUCCACUGAUGUGAGGAGACAUGAAGGUGAAGGAUCGUGCAGACUCGCUGCCUCACACUAAGCUAUGGAAUGCUCCCUGCACCCACCAUCACUAGUCUCCAAUCUUUGGACUGAGCUUCAGACGCUUAGUUAGCGGCUGUGCUUCUCCCCUCGAACUCUUUAUAACCAGGGGACGAAGAAAAGGAGCGGACUUACCUUAAGUCCUCCGCUAAAAGCGCACAGAGCACUUUUUUUUUUUUUUUUUCAAAAAAAGAAUAUUUAAGCUAGUUCUUUGUUUUUCUCCACUUGGAUUUUUUCCCGUGAAGUCACAUCAAGAUGGAUCUGGAGGCGUAUCUGUGGAUGGUGAUCCUUGGCUUCAUCAUUGCCUUCAUACUGGCUUUUUCAGUGGGUGCCAAUGAUGUGGCCAAUUCCUUUGGUACAGCGGUGGGGUCCGGCGUGGUCACUUUGAAGCAGGCCUGCAUCCUGGCAUCGAUCUUUGAGACACUGGGCUCAAUGCUGCUGGGGGCCAAAGUGGGCGAGACAAUUCGAAAGGGCAUCAUAGACGUCAGCCUGUACAACGAUACCGUGCCUGUGCUCAUGGCAGGGGAGGUCAGCGCCAUGUUCGGGUCGGCAGUGUGGCAGCUAAUCGCCUCCUUCCUCAAACUGCCCAUCUCUGGAACUCACUGCAUUGUUGGCGCCACCAUCGGCUUCUCCAUGGUGGCCAUCGGCACCAAAGGCGUACAGUGGAUGCAGCUUGUCAAGAUCGUGGCAUCAUGGUUCAUCUCCCCCCUGCUCUCUGGACUCAUGUCUGGACUCCUCUUCCUGCUCAUCAGACACUUCAUCCUCAACAAGGAUGACUCUGUCCCCAACGGCCUGCGAGCGCUGCCCCUCUUCUAUGCCACCACCAUUGGGAUCAACACAUUCUCCAUCUUGUACACUGGAGCCCCAUUGCUCGGGUUAGAGAUGCUGCCAGUGUGGGCCAUUUUCCUCAUCACUUUAGCUGAGUCGCUGAUCUGUGCAGCUUUGGUCUGGAUAUUCGUCUGUCCCUGGAUGAGGAGGAAAAUAGCAAGUCGUUUAAAGAAGGAGCAGGCUCUGUCCAGGAUCUCUGACGAGAGUCUGGACAAGAUACCUGAAGAGGAGGAGGAGAGCCCUGUCUUUAAAGAGCUACCAGGGGCCAAGGGCACAGAUGAGGCCGUGUUGCCGCUUACCGGGGGCAGCAGUGAUCGAAACACCCGUGACUCCAGCGGAGAGCUCACCAGCCUGGCUAAUGGAGGCAACGUCCUGCCAAAUGGCAGGGUGUACGGCCGGACCCACUCAAUGACCAACGGCUGCCUCAAGUCACCCAUCUCUAAUGGCAGCUUCAGCUUCGACGGCCACAUGCGCAGCGAUGGCCAGGUGUACCACACAGUGCACAAGGACUCAGGCCUGUACAAAGACCUGCUUCACAAAAUCCACCUGGGCCGCAUGGAUGACAGCGAUCGCUCCGGCUCCAACGCCGGCCCGCCAGACAACAAUUAUCGCCUGCUGCGGCGCAACAACAGCUACACCUGCUACACAGCAGCCAUAUGUGGCAUGCCCGUCCAGCCGCUCAUGCGCACAGAGUCACGCGAUGACAGUGAAAAGCUGGUAGGAGAGGGAGGCGGCAGGAGCAACAGUGUGUCCUACUCCAAGAAGAGGGUACGCUACGACAGCUACUCGUCGUACUGUAACGCUGUGGCGGAGGCUGAGAUCGAGGCAGAGGAAGGUGGGGUGGAGAUGAAGCUGGCCACGGAGCUGGAGGGGGUGGAAGAAGAAGGGGCUCCAGCUCCGAUGCCUCUGGACGACUUGGCCGAGGAGGACCAUGAGGAGAAGGAUAAGCCUGAGGUGUUCUUGCUCUUCCACUUCCUACAGAUCCUCACCGCCUGCUUCGGCUCCUUCGCCCACGGAGGCAACGAUGUCAGUAAUGCCAUCGGGCCCCUGGUGGCGCUGUGGAUGAUUUACGACCAGGGCGGUGUGAUGCAGGAUGCUGCCACUCCCAUCUGGCUGCUGUUUUACGGUGGUUUAGGCAUCUGCGCCGGUCUGUGGGUGUGGGGCCGCCGCGUCAUCCAGACCAUGGGCAAAGACCUGACUCCCAUCACCCCCUCAAGUGGAUUCACUAUUGAACUGGCUUCUGCACUCACAGUCGUGUUAGCUUCCAAUAUCGGAAUCCCUGUCAGUACCACGCACUGCAAGGUGGGCUCAGUUGUGGCUGUUGGUUGGAUCCGCUCCCAGAAGGCGGUGGACUGGCGCCUCUUCAGGAACAUCUUCCUGGCGUGGUUCGUCACAGUGCCUGUGGCUGGCCUGUUCAGCGCCGCCAUCAUGGCCCUGUUCGUCUACGGCAUCCUGCCCUACGUCUGAGGGCGCACGGCUGGGAGGGAGAACAAGAGGAGGAGGAGAGAGUCAAAGAAAGAAAGAAAGAAAGGAAGAAAGAAAGAGAGAGGGAAACUUGGGUAAAAAUCAUAGCUCGAGUGUCAGGGGUGCAGAUGAAAGGAAAUGAAGAGGGAGAAAGGGUGAUGUGGAAGAGAUGAAGCAAGGAAGCUGCAGAGGUUACAGAUGGACUUGGUUGUACUGUGGAUGUGAGGAGGGUUGGUUCAUAUGCUGCCUGGCUCCGUAGUCCAGAGAUCUUUUUUUGACUCAUUCGAGUUUCUGAUCGGUUUUUAUUUAUUCUCUUUUUUUGGGGUGCAUAAGAAGGCGUGUAACCAACGUGUUCACCGUACCAUUCAAUCUGCUGUACAUAUGACAAUAAUAAGGAGAUUUCCAGUAACUCUUAACAAGAAUUAUGUUUGUUUGAGAAACAGUGGCGGCCAUUUUCUGUCUCUUCAUAAAAAAAAAUUUAAAAAAUCAUGACUUAAAAAAAAAAAAAAAAAGACAGCACA